AUGACUCCAACACCUAAGAUCAUCACCAUCUCCGCAGGUUCUAAAACGCACUGUGUGGAGAAGAUUGCUUGCGGCCUGACUGAUUGCACCAUGACUUCCCACAAAAUCGACACCAACUGUAUGACUCUGACUCGAUUCAUUAUCAACGAGCAGAUGAAGUACCCCGCAGCCUCCGGCGAGUUGACGCAACUCAUGAAUGGAAUUCAAACGGCUGUGAAGGCGAUUUCAAAUGGUGUGAGGAAGGCGGGUAUCGCCGAACUCUAUGGCUUCACGGGGAGCUCAAACAUUCAAGGCGAAGAAGUGAAGAAGCUAGAUGUCAUUUCCAAUGAACUCUUCAUCAACAUGAUGAUUUCGUCCUACACUACCUGCAUGCUUAUCUCGGAGGAGAACGAAGAACCGAUUAUUGUGGAACCAACACACCAGGGAAAGUAUAUUGUGGCUUUCGAUCCGCUGGAUGGUUCAUCAAAUAUUGACUGCUUGGGUUCGGUGGGAUCAAUUUUUACAGUGUUUCGGAGAAAGCGCCAAGAUCAUAGUCGAGCGGACCUGAGUGAGGCACUGCAGAGCGGACGGAAUGCGGUGGCUGCAGGAUAUGCGAUCUAUGGGAGCUCGACGAUGAUUGUGCUGUCCUUGGGAUUGGGAGUGCAUGGAUUCACGCUGGAUCCGUCCUUGGGCGAGUUCAUUCUCACUUCACCGAAUAUUACGAUUCCCAAACGCGGCAAAAUUUACUCCAUUAACGAAGGCUACGCCUCCUGUUGGUUCAAAGGCAUAGCGAACUAUAUUCAUGAAAAGAAGUUCCCAAAGAAUGGUAAGCCCUAUGCGAGUCGGUACAUUGGAUCCAUGGUAGCCGAUGUUCAUCGAACCUUGCUCUACGGAGGUAUCUUUCUUUAUCCCGACCUAAGCACUGCUCCUGAAGGCAAGCUACGAUUACUCUAUGAGUGUAUUCCAAUGGCCUACAUAGUAGAACAAGCUGGUGGCAAGGCGAUGGCAAAGAAUGGUUUGAGCAUUUUGGACAUUAAACCAACUCGCAUUCAUCAACGGACUCCCAUCUACCUUGGCAGUUCAGAAGAUGUGGGCGAGGUUGUCCAAUUUCUUGCUGAAGCCGGAAAAGGUGACAACUGCGUGGCAUAA